AUAAAAAUAAAUAAAAAACAAAAUUUAUUAAAAAAAAAAAUACCUACCUACCUAUUGCAACAAAACAGAAAUUAAAAACAAAAAACAAGUGCCUUAUUAUAAAUUAAAUCAAACAAAAUUAAAAAAAAAAUAAACAUUAAAUUUUUUUUAUUUUAUUAAACAAACCCUUCCUCAAAAAAAAAUAAUCCUCGCCCUCCAAAAUAAAAUAAACGCGUGAAACAAAAAUGUGCCGUUUAAAGUUAAUGGUGUAACAUUUUCAAACGAUUUUAUAAAAAAUAAUAUAUCGUUGGUGCUGUGUGUUGUUGUCAUUUAAAUAAUUGGGUUCUUAACAAUUUUUUAAUUGAAAAAAAAAAUACAAAAAAUUUUAAAUUUCAAACUAAAAAAUUUAAAAUUUUCAAAAAUAUUCAAAAUUUUAACGGAAAUUAAACAAAAACUACUCUACAACUCCUGGAUUACUUUUGCCAUAAUUUAUUGGAUUAUAAUUGUUACUUCUUUGACUGCAGAGAAUUAAUAAAAAAAACCGCAAAAAUUCAGCCGAAUUUUGGAUUACAAUUUUUAAUAAAUUAUUUUCUUUCUCAAAGGUACAAUACUGACCUAGGAGCUAUGGACCAGCAAUUUUGUUUACGCUGGAACAAUCAUCCGACUAAUUUAACCGGUGUCCUCACCUCAUUAUUGCAAAGAGAAGCACUUUGCGAUGUUACAUUAGCCUGUGAAGGUGAAACAGUAAAGGCACAUCAAGCCAUAUUAUCAGCAUGCAGUCCCUAUUUCGAAACCAUAUUCCUGCAGAACCAUCAUCCACAUCCCAUCAUCUAUUUGAAAGAUGUCAGAUACUCAGAAAUACGUUCCCUGCUAGAUUUCAUGUACAAGGGCGAAGUAAAUGUCGGCCAAAGUUCAUUACCGAUGUUCCUCAAAACAGCCGAAAGUCUGCAGGUGCGUGGUCUCACAGAUAACAACAAUUUAAAUUAUCCAUCCGACCUCGACAAACACCGCGAUACAGAAGCCUCAUCACCCACUGGCCGAACAGCCUAUGGCUCAGCCGUUGGUAUGGGCAUGCGUGGCGAACGCGAGUCCCGCGAACGUGGUCGUGGCGAUUUACGCGAUGACAUACACUCACACCGCAGUAGUAGCAGUCUUAGUGAACGUAGUUCAGCGGCGGCAGCAGCCGCAGCAGCUGCUGCAGCCGUAGCCGCUGCCAGUGGUAGUUCCAGUUUGCAAUCAGCUGCAGCCGCCUUAGGUUUAACCGGCAGUGAACGAUCUCCUAGUGUGGGCAGUGCAAGUGCAGCCGCAGCUGCCGUUGCUGCAGCUGUAGCGGCAGCAGCUAGUCGUAGUGCUAGUGCUGAUGUGUUGAAUAGCCGCGGUGAUGCUGGCAGUGACCGUGGCAGUGAACGGGGAGUUAAUGAUAAUGGUGUGAGUGGUGUUGGUGUUGGUAGUGGCAGCGUUGAACGUGCCGAUGAACGUCGUGGUGGCGAUGACCUUCUGCAGCUAGACUAUAGUAAUCAGAGUAAGAGAGAUCGUGAUAGAGAGGUGUCUACCACACCGGAGCAUAUUAUUAGUAAUAAGCGAAGACGUAAGAACUCAUCCAACUGUGAUAAUUUGUUGACCUCGACCCAAAAUGCGAAUGUACAGGACAGGCAUUACACUCAAGACUCUCAGGCACCCACAAAUUUUAAAUCAAGUCCCGUGCCGAAAUCUCUUGGCGGUGGUAAUACUUCAGAGACCGAAGAUUCUGGUGGUCGACGCGAUAGUCCGUUGUCGGCGAGUGCUCUUAGUGGUGGCGGUAAUGUUAAUGCAUCAUCUGGUGUUAUGGGUCUAAAUCAAUCGUUGAGUAUUAAACAAGAAUUAAUAGAUGCCCAACAACAGCAACAGCAGCGUGAACAUCAUGUCUCCUUGCCACCCGAAUACUUGCCGACCACAAUUAAUCUCGAUAAUCCUCCACGACCACAAAAACUUUCAAUUCACGAACAACAAAAACAACAGCAACAAGUUGCUAAAGAUUUUAAACAAAUUGCCACCGAAACAUUUACCAAACAUUUGCAACAUGAAUAUGAAAACUUCCAGAAGCAACAAAAACAACAACAACAGCAGCAGCAACAAAAACUGGAACAGGAGCGAUUACAAAACGAUCAGCAACAGUCGUUAAUGUUUCAACAGGCUGUCGAAGUACAAUUGAAACGUUUGCAACAUCAAACCCAGCAACAUUUCAAAAACGCCUGGCAGCAAAAUGUGGCCGACAUAGAAAUGGCCGCUACCUCGACCAUACAACGUUUGUUGCAGCAGCAGCAACAACAACAGCAAUUCCUAAAUAUUUGUGCCGAACCUCCAUCUACUUCGAGAAAUACCUCCACUACGACCAGCGUAGUUCAAACACCCGCGCCCACUUCUCGCAAAAAUGGACGCUUUCGUACCAAUUGGCUGUUUCUAUACGAUUGGCUGCAGUUCGAUGAACUGUCCAAUACCAUGUUUUGUAAAUUCUGCCGCAAAUGGUCCAGUGAACUACCCGACAUACGCACUUCUUUUGUGGAGGGCAAUUCAAAUUUCCGUUUGGAAAUCGUUAAUCAUCAUAAUAAAUGUAAAUCUCAUCGUCUGUGCUAUGAAAGAGAACUGAAAGAAACGCAGUCACAGCAAUCAUCGAAAACAUCGGAUAGCUCUUCGGUUCAGUCCAAAGCCAAGUCUGAUUGUAUUGGCGAAAAGUUGGAUAGUGCAACAAAAAAACCGGAAAUUAUAACCAUAAAUGUUGGAGAUGAUAGUUCGUAAUACAUAGUUGAAAAG